CCAAGUUCCAGCUCUAUUUGUCAUCAUAUACGAGGGAACCAACUUGCAUGUGAUAUAAUAUUAAGAACUCUGAAUUGAACUGAAGUACCUAAAGUUGAUCUCAGUUGAAUUCAAGACCUUAGAGUUUAAUAAUUAGGUGACUUUGAAUUCGAGGGAAUCAAGAACUUCAGAAGUACUGUGGAAUUUCAAGAUUUCUAAACUUUAAGUAGAAGAGAAGAAGCGAAAACAUGACUGAGAACUCAAGUGUCCCAAAAAGGAAGGACGAUGCCCUGCUGAACUCCUUCAAAACGCAGCUAAAGGAUGACGUUCAGAGCAUAUUGCUAAACUUUGAGGAGCUCCUUAGAAUGGUUUCCGUAAGGACUAAGGGCCAAAUCACUGAUUGGACCCAGCAAGAGAUGCAUGCUCUUGAAAUGCAGGUGCGUGCUGGCAAUUUACUUCGCGCAGGAGAAGCUCUAAUAAAGCUAGUCAAUGACAUCAAGGAGUACCAGAUUAUCUACGAUUUCUCGGCCAUCGAAGAGGAAAUGAAGAGACACUCGGAAUUGCUAAGUGUCAAGCAAGUGGAGUAUGACGCAAAAAUAUCCGACAUUGUUAAGGAUUUGGCCGACGAGCUGACCGAAUUCGAGGAGGAGUACUACGGGAACAGCAGUGGAUAUUACUAGCAGCGGAACCUAUCCCAUUAAACUCUUUUUUAACUGGAAAUUAUGCAAUCAGGACAAGUGCAUAAACAUUCCUUUCUUAAGGAAAAACAAUUGUUAACAAUACACUCAAUAAAUGAAC